UAUGUAGCAGCCGUGCGUAGCCUAACGGUGAUGCGCCAGGGUUAUGCAAAAGCAAUGUUGAGAAUAUUAAUCAUAAAACAUAAUCAAUCACUCGGUGUCAUAGUAUUAGUGAUGCUUACUAAACAGGGCUGUUUCAAUCAUCUGCAACUAUGAUUACGCUGACGUACGAGUAGGCUACCUACUCCAUGGUUUCAGUCAGUGUACAAUCUGCUAGAGGGCUCUAGGCUGUGACAAACUGGGCUGUCGGUCUCAGCUACUAACUCUUCAGAAUACAAAAUUAAAAAAUAGAUUUUAAUAGAUGUAAAACAAUGUUGCUACACACUCAUGAACGGUAGGUGGCGGUAUGCACCUUAAAGUUGCUUGCGAUCCGCCAUGAUAGAAAAGAAGAAGAAGGUGUUGUAUUGAAAAUGGCGUCACGGCUGUUGCAGGAUUCCUCCGAGCUCUCUAAACUGCCGACAACUCUUCAAAGCAAACUUGAGAAACUUUUAUUGGAUCGGCAAUACGAAAUCGACUCUUUAAAAGCACACCAUGAACAGUUCCGGGUUGACAGCGACCUUGCUUUCGAAAGUCAAAGAAGAAUUGGAGGCAGAAAAGCGGGAACUCGUGAGAACCCCGGAAAAGAGAUCUCUGGAAGUAGAAAAUCUAAAUGAUGACUUGAAGCAGCUGAAUGAUAAAUUAGUGGAAGUGAACACCUCCAAGAUGGCUCUGCAGAUAAAGGUGGAGGAACCUGAAGCUUCAGAAGUGAAUAUUAAGUACAAGGAGAAGCAUAUGGAACAAGAGAAGGAGCCCCUGCAUGGCCAGAUGUCUUGGUUUAAAGAGGAGCUGAAGGCAAAGACGGAGGAACUGCUCUCUCUUUCCAGGGAAAAGGGGAAUGACAUCUUGGAGCUGAAAUGUUUGCUGGAGAAUAAAGAUGAGUUAACCAAACUUCACGAUCAGGUGACCAGUUUGAAAACUUCAAAUGAGCAUCUUCAAAAGCAAAAUGAAGACAUGAUCAACAAACUGAAAGAAGCAAAAGAGCAACAGGCCAUCAUGGAGGAGAAGUUUCGCAAUGAGUUGAAUGCCAACAUUAAACUUUCCAAUUUAUACAAGGGCGCAGCAGCAGAUUCUGAAGCAAAAAGUGAGGAGCUGAGUCGGGCCGUGGAGGAGCUGCACAAACUGUUGAAAGAUGCUAGAGAAGCCAACAAGGUUCUUGAGGAAAAGCUGCAGGAGAUUAACGGUGCGUCGGAAAAAUCUGUGAACGAGUUGAAGGAAAGGACCCAAGGCCUUGAGAAAGAGCUGGACAACGCCAACGAUCUGCUGUCUUCUUCUAAACUCAGAGGACCUGCUGGUGGAGCCGUUCUGGCAGAAGAUCAAUUAACAACAAUGUCUGCAACAGCUGCUACUGUGUCCAAAAUAAAACCCAGCAUGAAGUUGACUGAGGUCUUCAACCACAUCAUGCCUCUAACUACGCUUGCUGUUGUUCCUGAUAACCUUUUCCUCAACAAACGGAGAAACUCUGGUCUAAUUCAGAAUAUAUUAAACACUGGACAAUUAGAAGAAGAACAAGAUAAAGAGGACCAAAAAGAAAUGCAACCAAAGGAGACGACUGAAGUAAAGAAAGAACCAGAGCCUCAAUUAGUUGAUGAAAAAGGCAUUGAACUCUGGAUUUUCCAGGGAGAAGGGCUGCCUUUAGUGAAGCAGGAGAUCAGCACUUCUAUGGGGACUGCUGCUGACACGGAAUGGAGGAUGGAGGCAAAGGAGGAACCAAACCCUGUAGGGAUUAAAGUGGAAGAGAUGGACAUAGAAUCAGGGCAGAUGAUUGACACAAAGGAGGAACCAGAACCUUUCCCAAUGAAAGAACAAGCUGAACUCGAUAUCGUCCAGAACAAAGUGCAACCUUUAGGGAAUCAGGAGACCCAGCCCUUGAUUCUGACUCCUGCUGUUCAUCAGAAUGACUACAGUGAACCAGAAAUGAUCAUGAAUCAUAUGCUACCUCAAAUUCAACAAACCAUGGACCCCAGAAAUAAUACUGCAUCAGGGUCUUUUGUUUGUAAAACGUGCGGUAGAUCGUACACUGAACGUCGUAGUUUGGCUCGUCACAUGAGAAGUCACAGUGGUGAGACUCCGUAUCAAUGUGUGUUGUGUGAAAAGUAUUAUUGCGACCGUAAUACUUUGAAUUAUCACUUGAGAACUCACACAGGAGAGAAGCCGUUUGGUUGCACAAUGUGUAGCAAGUCUUUCAUUCAAAGGCAUACUUUGGUUCGUCACAUGAGAACUCACAGUGAAAACAAGCCGUUUGCCUGCGAGCUGUGUGAAAAGUCUUAUUGUGACCAAAAUACUUUGAAUUAUCACAUGAGAAGUCACAGAGGAGAGAGACCAUUUGUUUGCACAAUUUGUAGUAAGUCUUUCACUCAAAGUAUUAAUUUGGUUUGUCACAUGAGAACUCACACAGGUGAGAGGCCAUUUGUUUGCACAAUGUGUACAAAGUCUUUCACUCGGCGUAGUAGUUUGAUAUAUCACAUGAGAACUCACAUUGAUAAGAAGCCGUUUGUUUGCACAUUGUGUAGUAAGUCUUUCACUAAAAAUGAUAGUUUGGUUCGUCACAUGAGAACUCACAGUGAUUAGAAGCCGUUUGCCUGCGAGUUGUGUGAAAAGUUAUUGCGACCGUAAUAGUUUGAAUUUUCACAUGCGAACUCACACAGCAGAGAGACCAUUUGCUUGCAAAACAUGCUAUAAAGCUUUCAGUAGAGAAAGUAUUUUGGUUAUUCACAUGACAACUCACUCAGUUGACAAAUCCUUUGCUUGCAAAAUAUGUGGAAAAUCCUUCAGUAUAAAAAGUUCUCUUAACCGUCACAUGGGAAUUCAUAACAAUGAGAGGGCUAAAAAACUUCUAAAAGGACCAUCUUUGACAGGGCAUAUGAUAACUCAUAGAGGGGAAAAGCCAUAUUCAUCUAUAACCUGUGUUGAAGGCUUUAGUGAGAGGAGCAACAUAUUGAGACCCAAGAAAAUUCACACAGUUGAGAAAUCUUUCUCAUGUGAAACCUGUGGGAAAAAACUCUGCAGACUACAGUAUCUUAAGUUCACAUCAGAACUCACACUGGUGAGAAGCCAUUUGUUUGCAAAAUGUGUAGUAAAUCUUUCACCAGGAAGAGUAGUUUGGUUCGUCACAUGACAACUCAAAGUGAUAAGAAGCCGUUUCCUUGUGAGUUGUGUGAAAAGUCUUAUUGCGACCGUAAUAGUUUACA